CCACUUACUUGGGCAGCCUAUUCCAACAGUGCACAACACUAUCAGUGAAGAAAUUUCUUCUAAUAUCCAACCUAAAUCUCCUCUGGUUCAAGUUAAGGCUGUUUCCACUUGUCUUAUCACUUAUCAAAUCAUGACACAUUUGUACCAUUGCUUUGGAACAGUUGCCAUGCCUCUUCUCUGCUAUUCAUUCCCUAUGUUUUUUUUUUUUUUGUUGUUGUUGUUGUUGUUUGUUUGUUUUUGCUACCAUUACUCUGGGGCUGUUAGUUCUGACUUCAGUGUAAGAUAAGGGUGAGUUGUUUCAUCAUGAUAACAUAAUAUUAAUUGAAAACCAAGUUCUUUAUCUUUUAAUUGAAGAGCAGUAUCUUCACAAACUUAAAUACUCAGAAAUUUCUUUCUGUAUUUCUUCAGCAGGACUCACUCCCAAGAUGCCCGGGUUGCACUGGAAAAUAUAUCUAAAAUAAAUGUAAAAGUAGUUUAUUCAAAAACUCCACAAGCAAAGAAAGCAUAAGAAAAAACACGAAAACUUCAACAUUUGUGUAUCUUAGACCCAAAGAUCUCAAGGAUCUGUCAAUGGGCUGACCCUCUCUUUCCAACGCAUUGGGAUGUCAUGGGAAGAUACCAUCAUGAAAGAUACCUUUCUGACUUCCAGGAUCUGUCAACAGGCUGACCCUCUCUUUCCAACGCAUUGGGAUGUCAUGGGAAAUGAAGGACUGGCUAGCUCCAUGCCUGUGUGAACAAAGACUUUUCAAGAACAUUUCACUACUGUUUUCUGGAGAACCCAAGGCACAGAAAGGAUCAAAAUUUGUCCCUGAAGAGGAAACUACCGAGUGAGCCACAAAACAAAUGCAAGCCCAUCUGUGUAAUCUGCAGGGAGAAAUGUACAAACAGCUGGGAGAGCAAGGAGGAGCUGCAUUGUGCAGUGGGAGUUCUUUGGAGCAGAAUUUUGGGGUGCAGGAGUGGAUCUCAAUAGCAACAUGAAUCUUUUCUGUUUUUCCCUGGAGGGUUCCAUGGACAGCUUGUAUGAGCCUGUCCCAGAACAACAAGAACCCAAGGAUACAACUAGUAUUGGCAGCUGGGCAAGCACUCCUGUGAGCAUGCAUGUGAACUGUGGACUGCCUGAUAGGUCUAUGUCUUUGGAAUUUCCUGACUUUGAGAACACAGUGACCAAAAAAAGAAAAUCCAUCCAGAAGUCUCUGUCUGAAAAUGAAGCAUUUGACAGGAAAAAUGUGAAUGGCACACUUUGGCAGGGUUCCAGGAAGCCAGAAAAUGAUUCGUACAUCAGAAGGCACUGUCAGCUUGAAGAAGAUAAUAUUAUUGGUGAUGGAAUGCAUUUACUGAAAGGAAAGAAGAUAGAAGAAACAACAUGCCAGGUGAUAAAUUAUGAGCAGUGGAUUCCACCGCGAGUUCACAAUCCAAGAGCAGCUGGUAAUGGUGAAAUGGCUACAGAAGCAGAUGACAAAGCAGAGUCCAUGGGAACAUUAAAACAAUUGCAGAAAUUGGUCCGAACCAAAAAAAACAACACACAAAGCUUGGAGGAUGUCAAACAUGUUUUGAUCCCUCUUAGUAAGUAA